GAUUAACUAACCCAACUACCUUACUCCCAAUAUGGCCUCUCAAGAGGCCGGUCAUUCUCGAUCUUUAUCCUUGUAACAGCUUUCUCAGUCCAAAACCUCGGCUUAGAUUCAAAAACAUUGAGCUCUUCCUCAUCCAUUGCUCCACAAAACCAAAUACUGAUAAAGACAAUGCUAUGGACCAAAAUUCAACAAGUGAGCGGAACCCAAAAUCAAAUAUUCAAAAACCAGCAACACCCACUUCAAAUCAAGCGCUCUCUUCCUCAAAUUCAUCUUUUUCUAGGGGUUUGGUGUUUGAUUUAGGCCCAAAGAAUUCUUGGGACAGUGUUGAAAUUGGGUCACCUGUAGUGAAAAGGUUCCUCGGUGAUGAGGAGGAGAGGUGGUACAUGUGGUACCAUGGGUGGUCGUCCAGCGGAAAUUUGGGUUUGGAUGCGGUCGGAUUGGCGGUUUCCAGCAAUGGAAUUCAUUGGGAGAGAGGUGGAGGACCUAUCAGAUCUAGUGCGGAUGUGGGUCUGGUGAUGAGUUGUAGUAAAGAUUGGUGGGCAUUUGAUACCCAAAGUAUUAGGCCUUGUGAAGUUGUGAUUAUGUCUAGUGCAAAGGUUAGAGCAAAUAGUGCUGUUUACUGGCUUUACUAUACUGGGUUUAGUUCUGAGAAGGUUGAGUUUUUGGAUGAUUCUUUGGAAUUCACUUUGGAAAACCCAGAAAAUGUAAAUCUUAGUGAUAAUGGGGAUGAUGGAAAUAGUGGCAUUGGCAAGAUUUAUCAGUCAUUGCCGGGUUUGGCGAUGAGUCAAGAUGGGAGGCACUGGGCUAGAAUUGAAGGGGAGCAUCAUAGUGGAGCUUUAUUUGAUGUGGGGUUGAAUGGCGAAUGGGAUUCCAUGUUUAUUGCCGCUCCACAUGUUGUUUUCCAUGGGAGUGGUGAUCUUAGGAUGUUUUACCAUUCAUUUGAUGUGGAAAAGGCGCAAUUUGCAAUUGGGAUUGCAAGGUCAAGGGAUGGGAUGAAGUGGGUGAAGUUGGCGAAGAUAAUAGGAGGAGGACCAACUGGUUGUUUUGAUGAAUUUGGGGUGUUAAAUGCAAGUGUUGUGAGAAAUAGGAAAGAUGGGAAAUAUGUGAUGGCUUAUGAAGGGGUUGCUGCGGAUGGGAGGAGGAGUAUUGGAUUGGCGGUAUCUUUGGAUGGGUUGAAGGAUUGGAGGCGGGUUCAAGAUGACUCGGUGCUAAGGCAGUCCCAAGAAGGUCGAUGGGAUAAUAAAGGAGUGGGAUCACCAUGCCUUGUUCAAAUGGAUGGGGAUGCAGAUGAGUGGAGGUUGUAUUAUAGAGGAAUUGGCAAAGGGGGGCGGACGGGUAUAGGACUGGCAGUGUCUGAAGGAAGCCUAGACUUACAUUUUGAUGGAGGGAUUCAGCUUAAGCUUUCGAAUUUCAGUCUGGUGGGGGAUGAGACUGGACUUGGUUAUGUUCUGUUCUUGUGGUGUGUCCUGAAUGUGGUCUUUAUUGCAAGCAGCAGGUCAGGCCCUACAAUCCAAUGGGUGUAUGGGCCACCUUUGCUAUCUUUAACCAAGUCAAUUGGUUGGGAUAGUGGGCCAAAAUCCAUGACCCAAGGUCUUUCUGGACUGUCAAUGUCAAGACCCAUAGCCCAAGCAUGUGCCACGGGCCUCAUAAAGGAGCUUGGCCAUUUAGGUUGUACACCAAGCACAAGAGAACUUCCUUUGGGCAAUGUAACGCAUCAUGUGAUUUGA